CCUGAAAUCUUAAGCACCUCGUCGUCGUCGACACAUCCACACCAAGUAUGAACAGCUGAUGCAUAGAACCCUCAUAAGUCAUGCACUGAGACAAAAAUGUCCUGUCCUCGCGAUCCGUCGUUCACCUACACUUCGCUGCUAUCGAGCCCGACCUUUCAAAGCGAAAGGACCCUCGGCCUGGCGCAGACCAGAUCACGGUCUGACACAACCUGGGGAACCUGUCGCUGAGCAGCAUGAAGUCUUGAGAGGCAAGAAAAAAGAGGAAGAAGCGCUCAAGGUGACCGAAAGCGGUGACGCUUGUUUCGCUUGGGCCUCAAAGUCGACUGCAUCGUUGGAGAGUACCGUCCCUGAGCCUAGGCAAUCUUCCUCCUCGAGCGAGACACCGAGUCCAUCAGCACGAGAAGGCCGUCAGCAUGCACUCUCAGGGAAACACGGCAAUGGCGGCGACUUGUUGGACACGGACCCUCUCAAAUCUAUCGCAGAAGGCGUCGACGCAGACGCAGACGGAGACGACCGUGACUUGACCGCUGAGCUCAAGCUCAAGCGACUCGAUGCGAAACCGGCGCAGUUUCGCCCUCUUCUCCGAGAAGUCCGAAGAAUUGGCAAAGUCAUCGGACGAGACAGGAACGGUCUGAACAGGUUGGUUGAUCGGAAAGAUGUGAGCACGCAGGUUCUCGAAGACGAACUGAAAUGGAUCGCAAAAACAACGCCUCAGCCAAAAUUGACCCGGGAGAUUCUCAACAUCCUAAUUGCGGACCGCAAGAUCAAACCCAGACCAGACCUCUACGAGGCCCUCAUCCUCAGCAAUUGCUCUCCGGAAUAUGGGUCUGCAGACAACGUGCGUGCCACCUUGGAAGAGAUGGAACGGGAAGGUAUCGCGAUGAAUCCUUCUGUGUACUAUGCCGCCCUGACGGCUCUGACGGUACACCCUGAUACCUACCUCCGGACCGGCAUCUUGCAACGCCUCGCACAACAAUGGGUCACGAUCCCUCCAUUGUACGUCAAGCUCAAUAUUGUCGCCAUGAUUCGCGAAGGUCAAUUAGAACUCGCGACGGUCGAGCUGGAAAACUUGCAACGAGAAGAAGACGGCGGCGGCGGGCACAUCGACGCGUGGGUAUGGACGAUCUACAUGCACGCCCUCUGCGACCACCAUGCCUUUGAGGAUCUUUUGCAGCUGUGCUACAAGCUGUACGAUUCCAAUUUCCCUUUCCCGCGGCACACGUUGCUCCACGUGCUCCGCAUCGCGAGCAGGUACAGCGCGAGGAACCAAAAGGACGCCGACGCGGCGGCCGCGUCGGUGACGCGAUGGGUCUGGUAUACGUACGUGGAGAACAUGCACGUCAUCCCGGACAAGGGGUUGUGUCUCAACGUCCUCACCAUCGCCGCCAGGACGAGAGACGUGGACCUCGCCGAGUCGGCCGCCGUCGUUCUGGAAAACGCCGCUGCCGGUAAAAAGACCACAGUCCCCAACAGCCUCGCGCCGUGGGAGAAGAAUGAUUCUACUGUUUCGUUGGAAUCUCCCGAACUUCCCGACUGGGAGGAAUCGGAGACAAGUUCGUCCUCGUCCUCGUCGGCGGAGAGAGAGAAGCACCGUCGCGACGGCAGAGCAACGAUACUGACAAACCGAGAUGAUGUCGGGGCGACAGUCAAUGAACCGAGGGCCGCUGCCUUCUCUACCCCACCGGACCUGCCUUCUCAGCCUCUUCCUCCCCGACAACUCUCCAGACAAGCUCUCGACUUGCUCCGGCUCGCUCGUGAAGGUGCAGGCACAGGAGACGCGUUGGGAAGUGAAACCGACAGAGACGUUGUCCGGUCGUCUGGCAGUCCGAGACCCAGGAACAACCCGGCGGUCUUGUACAAGUUCUUCCGCGAGGAGAGUGGCCUCAGAGGUGCACGUUUCGAUCCCUUGCUCGCGCUCCAAGAGGGUUGGAAGUGGAGAAAGAAGUAGCGAAUUGAAUUGCAAUUGCAAUUGCAUAUUAGAGACCCGCAAAACCCGCCGUGUCUUUGCUGUUUAUAUAUUAUAUCCCUUGGCUGCUCUACUUGAUAUCGAUGAAUGUCUCCUU